GGCGAUGAACGCAGUUACGCCGAAGUCAUCUCCGCUGCCGACGCGCAAAGUGGAGGUGGAGGUGAUCAUCCCGCCCAACAUCAACGACCAACUCAACCGAUGGCGGCCACCGAAGACGAUGACUACGCCGACUACCGCAACUCGCUGCUCGUGUCGCCGAUCAAGGGGCCCGGCGGCGGCGGCGGCGGCGGCCGACACUACAAACGCAAACGGCGCCACACCAAGAGCUUCUCGGCCAGCGAUGAGGCGGGAUCGGCUGCAGCAGUGGGUAGUGGAGGCGUGGAAGCUGUGGAUGGUGGUUCGGAACCCACCUCAACCUCUGAGGCUAACAUGCAAACGUGGAGCAGGCCAGCAUGAGUAGGCGAAGAGCCAACCUGAAACCGUUGGAGUUGGCCAAGGAGAAG